UUAAAGUGGUUUGAGGAGAAUUUUAGGAAAUUUCUUAUAUAAGCUCACUCUGAUCUCUCACUCCGACCGCACGAGGCAUUGAACCACUAAUCAAGCUUUCCGAUGGGUUCAUCUCCCUCCAACAUUUUCUCCCUUGCGAUCGCCUCCUCCUCCUUCCUCCUCCUCUGCUUGCUGCUCUGCAAUUCUUCCAUAUCUGAAGCUGAACAAUGGCCCGAAUAUCGGGCUAACGCCUGUUAUGUUCCCUCCAACGACAGCCUUUAUUUCCAGAAGAACGUCAACACCCUGCUCUCCGCUCUGACCUCCAAAAGCACCUCCGACUACGAAAAAGGGUUCGCCUAUGGCAUGGAAGGGCAGGGCCCACCGGACCAGGUCUUCGGGCUCUUCCUCUGCCGUGCAGAUCUGAGGUCGGCUUCAUGCCAAGCCUGCAUCUCCACUGAGUCAAAGAUCCUCCAGGCCUGCCCCGGGAUGAAAGAUUCCACCAUAUGGUACGACUUGUGCAUGUUGACUUACAACUACCAACCGAUCAUCUCCACCGCGAGGGUUAGUACGUAUGCUUCCUGGUAUGAAUAUAACAUGUUGGAUGCCACGGCGACCAGCUUCAACAAGUUGCUGGAGGUAACGCUGGAGGCCCUGAUCCCAAAGGCUGCCAAUGGCCAACUGGCAGGUAAGAAAUUCGCGGUGAACAGGACCAGCUUCACGGCGUCGCAACCGCUGUAUACGCUUGCUCAGUGCACGCCUGACUUGAUGGCUGCCGACUGCAACAAGUGCCUCCAAGCAGCAGCUGCAGUGGACAAGCUUCCUCGAGGAAAGGGAGGGGCAAUGUCCUUUCUCCAGAGUUGUAACAUUCGGUACGGGAACUACUCGUUCUACAAUGAAACUGCUGUUGCACAGCUGCUACCGCCACCACCAGCUUCACCUCCUCCCAUCCCUCAUCCUCUGGCUUUGGCAACAAGACCAUAGGUAUAUAUUUCUCAUGUUAGGCAAGGUCUCUGGGAUUUAUUGAAUUCCACCAUAUUGAGCCUUAACCAGUCUUUUGACCCACCAUGCAUUGAUGGAGAGAGUUAAUGGUCCACAAGCUUUCGGAUCAAUUACUAAGCUGUGUUUUCGAAAUUACUGCAGAGGAAUCAUAUUGUUUUUCAUAGAAAAAUUUUUCAUAUAACCCAAGUCCUAUGAUGUUCUGCGUGUCCCUCGAGUCUUGUCAUAUAACAAACGUUUGCCUUGCAGGCAAAAGAAAGUUAAGAAACUGCCCUCGCUGUAUUCGCUGCCAUAAGUGUGACUGUCGUGUUUUUCCUCAUACUCUACUGCUUCUUGUCGAAGAGAGCUGUGCCAAGGCAUAAAGUGACACAAGACGCGAGCAAUAAAUAAACCAUAUUAGGAAGUCAUGUUUUUAUGCAUCAACCACUAUAUCGUGUAAUGCUUUGGCCAUGCGAAGCCAAAAUUGUUGAUGUUUGAUUUGGUAGUUGUUAAAGAUAUCAAAACUGCUGAAUCUAUGCAAUUCAA